AUGUCGUCAAACCAUGCCUCUCUGGACGCCGCAGCUACAGAGCGCAAGGCUCGCCUUGCGAAGCUCGCGUCGAUGAAAAGAAAGCAGCCUGAGCCGGAAACAUCCACCGAAGCCCAAGACAAGGACGAGGAGAUGCAGGAUGCGGCCAACGACAUCUCGAAAAAGUAUCUCUCUGGACGGAAUUAUGACGCCGAAACUCGCGGUCCAAAAUUGGGCUUCGAUCAAACCCCAAUCGACGGACAGACCACUUUGGAAGCGCAAGCUGCGGAAAUCGCCAAAGCCACCGCGGAACAAGCAAAGAAAGACGAGGAAGCGGAGCAGCCGAUUGACCUCUUCAAGCUACAGCCGAAGAAGCCCAAUUGGGACUUGAAGAGAGACUUGGACGCCAAACUGGACAUCCUCAAUGUGCGGACUCAAAACGCCAUUGCCAAACUCGUGCGGCAACGAAUUCAAAAUGCGCAACGCGCUGCCAAGGCCAAGGGGGCUGCAUCGAGCGGAGAUCAGGAAGGCGAGGAUGUCGGAAUCGAGGGCGAGAUGCUGGUUGAAGGGAUCCAUGUACGAGAACGGGAGGACGAAGAACGGGGGGUCUCAGAUGAUGAAUAA